AUGCUGAGGGCAAGGAAGGCCCCACCCUACACCCAGGCCCUGGAUGGAGGUUGGGGAUGGAUGAUUGUGCUUCACUUCUUCCUGGUCAACAUGUUUGUUUUGGGGAUGAACAAGACUUUUGCAAUUUUCUUUGUGGUUUUUCAAGAAGAAUUUGAAGGCACCUCAGAGCAAACUAGUUGGAUUGGCUCCAUCAUGUCAUCACUCAGCUUUUCUGCAGCUUUUCUUUCUCCCCAAGGCCCCCUGGUUGCCAUUAUCUGUGACGUAUAUGGCGAGAAGACUGCCUCCCUGCUUGGGGCCUUCCUCGUUUCCGGUGGAUAUGUGAUCAGCAGCUGGGCCACGAGCAUCCCCUUUCUGUGUGUGACUAUGGGAGUUUUACCUGGUUUGGGUUCCGCUUUCCUGUACCAAGGAGCAAUAGUGGUAAUGAGCAAAUACUUCAAAAAACGAUUAGGGCUUUCUACAGCUAUUGCCCGUUCAGGGAUGGGACUGACAUUUCUCUUGGCACCUUUUGCAAAAGUCCUGAUAGAUCUAUAUGACUGGACAGGUGCCCUUAUGUUAUUUGGAGCUAUCAUACUGAACUUGGUGCCUUCGAGUAUGCUCUUGAGAGCCAUCCACAGCACAAGCGGGAGCAACUCUGAUGGGAAAGAUAAAGGUAGCAGCCUGCCUGCAAGUGGUCCAGAGGCAGGGCGCGGGGCGGACAUGUCACACUGCAGCGAGACGCCAGAGUUCCCCAUCAGGGACAGGACUAUGCAGGUUGGACAAGCCGGAACAGGUUUCAUAGACUCGCAACACCAAAACGAAGAGGUCAACGAUGGGCCAAGCAGGAACAGACUGUUCCUAAUACCUAAAGAUGCACAUUUCCAGCAAAAGGCUACUUUGUGGAGCUGUAAACAAAACCUCUGUGAUAUUUCUCUUUUAAAGAACCCUUUCUUCUGCAUAUUUACCUGGUCUCUUCUCUUCAGUCAGCUGGCAUAUUUGAUCCCUACCCUCCACCUGGUAGCCAGAGCCAAAACACUGGGGAUCGACAUGAUGGACGCCUCCUACCUCGUUUCUGUAGCUGGUAUCACUGAGGCAGUCAGUCAGCUUCUCUCUGGAUGGAUUGCUGAUCAAAACUGGACCAGCAAGUACCAUUACCACAAGUCUUACCUCGCACUCUGUGGCAUUACUAACCUGCUUGCUCCGUUAGCCACCACCUUCCCACUACUGAUGACCUAUACCGUCGUCUUCGCCAUUUUCUCUGGUGGUUACCUGGCAUUGAUACUUCCUGUUCUGGUUGACCUGUCUGGGAAUUCUGCAGUACACAGGUUUAUGGGACUUUCCAGUUUCUUCACUGGGAUAGCUGUCCUUUCUGGACCACCGAUAGCAGGCUGGUUAUAUGACUACACCCAGACAUACGCAGGCUCCUUCUACUUCUCUGGCACAUGCUUCCUCCUCUCUUCACUUUCCCUUUUCUUUGUACCACUGGCUGAGAGAUGGAAAAGCAGAGUCUGACCGGAAGGAGAGAGGACUGCAAUCAAGUGCAAGCUAACAAAAGAAAAGCUAAACUCGUAAGUCAUUAGAAACAAAAGAAAACUUACAGGAAUAAGUUACCGGACACAAAAUUUCAGAACAGUUUCCUCAUUUGUAAAAUAAGAAGGCAAAACAAAUAGUUUUUAAGGUUCCCUUUUCCUUUGCCAUUCCUAAGAAUGAAUUGGUGGAAAGAAAGGGGUAGUAGCAACGGAAAGCAUGCCAUUUGUUAGUACUUAAUAGGUUAUCAUUUUAAUCAGUUAAAGCAGCCACCUUAGUUAUUAAAUGAAAAUCAGAAUGUAACUGUAAUAAUAACCAAACUCUCAAUUGUGCAUGGUAAUUCAGUAAAUAAAAUAAGUGAAGGCAGAAAAACAUUUUCCUUAAUUUAAGGUAUUAAAUAUAUCCACUGGUUGACUAGAACUCUGGAAUCUGAAUAUUAAAACUUUAUUUAGUGAUUGUAAUAUUAUAUACGCCCCAAAAGUUUAUCUUUGCUUAUUGAUUA